AUUUGAUUGUGGUAGAUUUAUUCAACGUUACGCAUUUUUUUGGCGCUUUGAUUUCAUUUUGCUUGAAUUAGGGCACUAUGUAUGACAUGGGUACAGACUGGGGACAUAGGCUAUAGUUGCGGCAAUAUGUUUUCCACUCUUAAUUUGUGGCUUUGUCGUUCUAUAAGUUUAAGAGUCCAAUAAUAUGGGUCAGUUUCGUAAAUGGGAUUGGCUGUGGUCUAGCGAUGUUAGAGGGCAUGGUACUGUGGUGGUACAGUCGCGCACACCGCACCACUGUCAAACAUACGGCGUAUGUCGCUAUGAAUAGAUCCGUAAAUGGGAUUGACUGUGGUCUAGCGAUGUUAGAGAGCAUGGUACUGCGGUGGUACAAUAGUGCACAUCGUUUCAUUAUAAAACAUGCGGCGUAUGCCGUUAUGAAUAGAUCCGUAAAUGGGAUUGACUGUGGACUAGCGAUGUUAGAGAGCAUGGUACUACGGUGGUACAAUAAUGCACAUCGUUUCAUUAUAAAACAUGCGGCAUAUGCCGUUAUGAAUAGAUCCCUAAAUGAGAUUGACUGUGAUCUAGCGAUGUUAGAGGAGCUCGGGGAUGCAGAAGCGGGCGGUCAGGAUCACGAUUUCGAGAAGCAGUUCGGUAGUAAAGUCAAAUACCAGGGCCAGCAGCCAGUGAGAUUGCAGGAUUUUGACCAGGAACCAAUGAAUAUGGAGAUAAAUUGUGUGCACGAGGCAGAAGAUCGAAGGCUGAUGCUAAAGGAUGAUUCCGUUGCCGCGGCUAGCAGUGGAAUUGCUGGGAUGUCAUUGCUGGCUGACGAUUACCCGGAGUACGAAGAAAUCGAUCAUCUGUGGCUAGGUCGAAAAUGCGCUACUUUUGCGCAAUCCAAUCCAAAUGUGGAUGCGCUCGGCGGAUUGGAGUACUUAGUUCCCACUGUGUUCAAAGUAU